GGCGGCAGCGGCAGGUGAGGAUGCGGCUGGGCGGACGCUCCCACGUCGGCGGCGCUGCUGCUGGUGGCCGCCGGGGCUGAGGUCGCUGCCAUGGCUCUGCCGGGCGCCGGRGCGGCGGCGGCCGCCGGUGGCGGCGGGGGCCCGUGCCCGCUGUGGACGGCGCUGUACGACUACGAGGCGAGCGGCGAGGACGAGCUGAGCCUGCGGCGGGGGGACGUGGUGGAGGUGCUGUCGCAGGACGCGGCGGUGUCCGGCGACGACGGCUGGUGGGCGGGGAAGAUCCGCCACCGCCUCGGCAUCUUCCCGGCCAACUACGUGACCCGCCAGCCCCGCGGCGGAGCGGCGGCGGGGGGCGGCGGGCGGGGAGACCCCGUGGGGAGCCUGACGGAGAUCGACUUCCAGCACCUGGAGCUGCAGGAGAUCAUCGGCGUGGGGGGCUUCGGGAAGGUGUACCGGGCCACCUGGCGGGGCCGGGAGGUGGCCGUGAAGGCGGCGCGGCAGGACCCUGACGAGGACAUCACGGCAACGGCGGAGAGCGUGCGGCAGGAGGCCAAGCUCUUCUCCAUGCUGCGGCACCCAAACAUCAUCGCUCUGCACGGGGUCUGCCUGCGGGAACCCAACCUCUGCCUCGUCAUGGAGUUCGCCCGCGGCGGAUCCCUCAACAGGGCCCUGGCCGCCGCCCCCGGGGCCGCGACCGCCCGCGGGGGCCGCCGCAUCCCCCCGCACAUCCUGGUGAACUGGGCGGUACAGAUCGCCCGCGGCAUGCUUUACCUGCACGACGAGGCCAUCGUCCCGAUUCUGCACCGAGACCUCAAGUCGAGCAACAUUUUAUUGCUAGAGAAGAUGGAACAUGAUGACAUUUGUAAUAAAACUCUGAAGAUUACAGACUUUGGUCUGGCUAGAGAGUGGCACAGAACAACCAAAAUGAGUGCAGCAGGGACUUACGCAUGGAUGGCUCCAGAAGUUAUCAAGUCCUCCAUGUUUUCUAAAGGAAGUGAUAUUUGGAGUUAUGGAGUGUUGCUGUGGGAACUGCUUACAGGAGAAGUUCCUUACCGUGGCAUUGAUGGCCUCGCUGUGGCUUAUGGAGUUGCUGUCAAUAAGCUUACUUUGCCCAUUCCAUCCACCUGCCCUGAACCAUUUGCAAAACUAAUGAAAGAAUGCUGGGAGCAGGACCCUCAUAUCCGACCAUCGUUUGCCUUAAUUCUUGAGCAGCUUACUGCCAUUGAAGGAGCAGUUAUGACWGAAAUGCCUCAAGAAUCUUUCCAUUCCAUGCAAGAUGACUGGAAAUUGGAAAUUCAGCAGAUAUUUAAUGAAUUGAGGACCAAGGAAAAAGAGCUUCGAUCACGAGAAGAGGAGUUGACAAGAGCAGCUCUUCAGCAAAAAUCUCAAGAAGAAUUACUGAAGCGCCGUGAGCAGCAGUUAGCAGAACGCGAGAUUGAUGUACUGGAACGCGAGCUGAAUAUCAUGAUAUUCCAGCUAAACCAAGAGAAACCCAAUGUAAAGAAGAGGAAGGGGAAGUUUAAAAGAAGCCGGUUAAAACUUAAAGAUGGACACAGAAUUAGUUUGCCUUCAGAUUUCCAGCACAAAAUAACAGUGCAGGCAUCCCCCAACCUGGAUAAGAGGAGGAGUUUAAACAGUAACAGCUCUAGUCCAUCAAGUAGUCCCACAAUAAUUCCUCGUCUUCGAGCUAUACAAUUGAUUCCAAAAACAGAUACACACACAASUAAUGGCCGAAGAAACAGUGUAUAUGUGUACCAGCAAGAUGUAGAUAUCACAAGUGAAUAUGAACUUCCCAGUGGGGUUAUGAAAAAAGGCAAGAAUUCAUUAUGUUUCAAAGUAACUUCGGAUGAAAGCAACAGAACUUGGGGAAGGAGCACAACUUAUCACCAAGAAGAGUUUGAAGAUGUGAAGAGAAGUUUUAAAAAGAAAGGUUGUACAUGGGGACCAAGUUCAGUUCAAAUAAAGGAUCGUGCAGAUUGUAAGGACAAAGUAAGACCCCUUUCAGAUGGCAGCAACCCUUGGUCAACUGUUUUAAUGAAAAAUCAGAAGGGCGUUCCCUUAGCUUCUCUAUUUGUGGACCAAGGUGCCUGUACUGAUAAGAAACUUAUUCCUGAAGGUUUGGACAGUAAAAGACCAAAGCCAAUUAAGUUGCCCAAUCAGGCCUAUAUUAAUCUACCUCUUUGGAGAGAUGAUCAGGGAGAGAAUACAGUAGAACAUGAGAGCUUUGAAGAAGGAACCUCUGCUAGUUCUACAAAUAGUACUCCUCAAAUUACACCUACAAACAGUCUGAGCAGGACGCUGCACAAAAAGAAGACUGAUUCUGUGCUGUAUGGGUGUGCUGUCCUCCUUGCAUCUGUUGCCCUGGGCUUAGAUAUCAGAGAGCUGAACAAAUCACAGGGUCCAGAUGAACUCUUGCCUAAAGAUGAGAAGAAGAAGCGUGAUGGAAUAUUUCAGCGUGCUUCAAAAUUUCGCAGGAGUGCGAGCCCUACAAGACUGCAGUCCAAAAAAGAGGAAACAAGCAUUCCAUCCCUAAAUCCAGCUGCAGAUACUGUGAAUCUUCUCUCUAUGCCCUCCAUUUCCACAAAAUGCCUGCUUCAACCUGACAGUGAAGAUGCUUUUGUAAGCACUAUGCUUGGUGAUUGUGGUCAAUGUAGUUCCACUGACAACUUUCCAUCUCAAACUACUGAAAGUAAGAGAGAACAGAGGACACAACUGGCUCCUAACACAGUUUCAACACGAUUGAAAAAUCAACCUUUUAACUUUGGUCUGAAACAAUCUCAAAAUGUGCCAAAAGAGUCCUCUGCAAAGUUAAGUAUGUUGGGUCACAGACGAACUUUAUCAGAUGGGAGCCAUUUUCAGGCCACAGCUAACGGAGUUGCUUCAACCAAUGAUGUCUCCAGACUCCCAGUCCUGUCAGUUCCUGGAACUCUGCCCUCUCCAUCUUCUCAACAAAGAAGCAAUCACAGUGGUGUUUCAAAUGAAAAGCAAAGCGCUGUUCACACUAUCUCAAGACCUCGACCUUCUUCUCUGAGAAGUAAAAUCGAUGCGUGGCAGAUUAUCCCCCAUAUUAUUAAACCAAACUCUAAAGACUCUGAAUGUUUAGAGGGCAGUGUAGAUCCAGAUGUUAACUUCUUGCCAGAUACUGAGGAAAGAACUAACUGCCACAUGCCCUCAUUACUUGAUAUUGAUGUGGAAGGUCAAAACAGAGACUGCACUGUGCCUUUGUGUAGAAUGAAGAGCAAAACUUGUCGGCCAUCUAUAUAUGAACUUGAGAGAGAGUUUCUGUCMUGAGUGCCUUUCAUUUUAAAGAUGUUUGCUUCAUAAAGGGGAACAAAUAUAAAAUUAUUGUCCGUCUAAUGCUUUGUGCUGCUGUUUUUUGAUGUACUGUGACAAAUAGUACCAAAAUUGUUAAAAUGGGCAGCUAGGUGUAGUAGGUGCCUUUUUCAAAUAUUCCUUGGAAUCCCAGUUAAUAACUCUAAAAGCACAAUGCUGCAAAGUAGUAUUCUAAGUGAACUCAUAAGUAUAUUUUGGAUGACUAAAGUAAUAUGCCCACCUCCCUCUGCAGUGUCACAGAAGUUUUCUUUAGGUUUGAGAGGUUUUGCUAGAAAUUUAACUUUCUCACUUUGGAAAAAUGAAAGACAUAUAGAACAAGCUUCUAUUCUGUCAAGAAGAAUUUCACCUAAGUGGUGGUCUGCAGCUUGCCUCUGUGGCUUGUAGAUUCAGGGAGAGGGACAAGGCAUUUGAGGCAUUGGUACUGUUCACUCCUCAUUAAGGAGGUGGUUAUUUGCUGGCAUUUGAUAUAUUGAGAGAACUUACUACUGUGUGCAUAAGUUUCUCCGGAAAGUUACACUGCUUGUAUAAACAUUUCAGUUUCAGCCACCAUAUCGAUUUGAGAAGGUUAACUUCAGUAUUGCAUUGGAGUAAAGGUAUUUGACAUACUUGGUAAUGUGAAACAGCAUUCCUUGUAGGUAAGGAUACACUGGAACGUAAAUAUUUGUACUCUUAACCUUUUGAAGACUACAGUGUUUGGGUUUGAAUUUUUUGUUUGUGGUGGAGGGGUUUGCCCCCUUCUUGUUUUUUAAACUCUGCUGCACCUUGUAUUGAAGAAUGUUGGUGGGUUUUAAGGAUAAUUGGUUUUAAGUGAGCCAAUGGUGCAUUUUAUUGCACUUAAUUUUGAAACUGCUUUAAUUCAACAUGAAAUCUUUCAGUAUAAAUCUCUGUAGCUUUUCUUCYGAAGGUACUACUGAGUGCCUGUUUACUUGUAUUUAGGAAUCAAAGGACAGAAACAGAUGUGGUUGACUGGUUUUCAGUGAUAAAAAGUUUCCAGAAAAUUCCAAGUCAUUAAUUGUGGGGGGAGAAACAUUUAGCUUUGAUAACAGUAGUAGUUUAAUAUUUUAUAGUAUCACUAAGUGAAUGAUUAAAUAAAACCAAAUGUACAAUGUGCUUUACCUGAUUAAAGCAUUUUUAGAAUUAAAGGAACAUUCCUCGUUUUCCAGUAUUUGAAGUCUUAAUUUUGCAGAUCAUUUGACAUUUAAAUAGUUUUCCUAAAUAAAAUUAGAUAAUGUUAGACUAAAACUACUGUUUCCAUGAGAAUACUGUUUUGUUAAGAGCUGUGUUUUAAAUAUUUUCUUCUCCUUUACUCUGGGGUCUGGGAGUUCAGUUGUCAAAUAGAACACACAAUUGCUUAAAGCUUCAAAACCAAGGGAUUAAAAGAAAAAGUUUCUGUUGUAAGACUGGUAUGCACUACAGUGUCUACCUUGAAGAUGGCAUACAAUUAUACAAAUGAAAUCAUGAAGUCUUAAUCACAAAGAGCAGAACACAGAAAAUGGAACUUCCCAGCUCUCAAAGUGAAAAUAGAAAAGGAUUUCCUUAAAGUAUUAGUUUAUCAAAAGUAAAGACAAAACAACUAGUUGUCUGUAAAUCUAAAUACUUGCACAGCCGAUCAAGUUACUGCAUUUUCUGCAAACCUGUUUCUGUUGCAGUAUUCUUAGUUUUUUGUCAACAUGAUUCAAGUCACRUUCUGUUCUUUGUCUUUUGUUUAAAUUUUAAUUUCAUCAGAACACUUCAGUAGAUUGUCUAUUCCAGUUUUGAUACAAARUGUUUUCAUAAAAUUAUGUCAUUAAUCAAAUUUUAAUUAUAGAUUGAUAGCACAUUUACCUUCAAGGCUUAAUUUGAAUUAAUUGUGUAUAUUUCAAAUUUUUCUUAUCAAUUAUUYCUGUAUAAUACUGAGAGAAAGGGAGCUGAUUGUAUUAUAUGUUUCUGAAGAAAGUAUCUCUAUUUGGCUUUCUACAGGAAAAUCUCAGGUGCUGAAGUAUUUUGACUUGUAAACUUCUGUUCUGUUCUGUUUGUAUUUUUAAGGUUUGUAUAAUUUCAGGUGUUGCUUUGUAAUCAAUAAUAUCAGCAUAAAAAGCUCUUUGAGCUCUAUUGUUUUCACUCAUUAGUGGYUUAUCUCUCUUGCAAUUAAACGGAGAUUUCUAUUCCUGUUCAGUGGGUACUUUCUAUAAGAUUGGGACAUGAUAYGGCCAGCCUGGUGCAUUCUAAGUGAUUUAGGAGUUUGUGUUCCAUCACUUAUUCUGAGACAGUUUAGGUAAGCAAUCUCAAAUAUUUCUCUGAUGUGAUGCAGUUUUUUUAAGCUAUAGUCUGUAGUGCUUUAUAAUUGUUUUUAUAGUUUAAAAUUAUAGGCCAGUCUUCACUGUAAUUAAAAAGAAAAAAAMAUUCAAUCAUGGUUUCAGUCUGUAAUUCACUUGUCACUAGAAAAAUUUUCUGCAAAAAUCUGGAAAUCUGGUAUGCAUUACGUGACCUGUCUUGGUUAAAAGAAUAUUUAUUUCAAUGUAGGUGGAUAGCCUGACCAAAUAAUAAUUUAUAUUGAUUGUUUYAGCAUAAAACUGAAGGUGCUUAUACUACAGAGAUUAAGAUGAACACUUGAUAUGCUGUUUUGCAAAACCUGAUGAUUUAAAUGUUUUUAUUUAAAAAAUAAAUGUUUUGUAGCUACUGGUUU